GGAAGAGAAAGAAAGAGAGAGGAACAAAAGUCGAGAAAACCUGCCAUAGAGAAAGAACUCCUUGUGGAUGGCAGGGUCCCCAGGACUUCAAUGAAAGGAGUGCCUGGAAAGCUCAAGCAGAAAGCUCAGCCUCUUCACGCUGGCUCCAGAGAGCGCCAGCGUUAACCGGGAUUAAGAAACUCAACUAAUGCUUCCCAGCGCCGGGAUUGCAGCAGCGCGGAGCCUCCCGAGGCAGAGAACCGCAAAUCCGGCCGGAUCUCCGGGCAGGCAGAUGCCGCUUAACCCCGGAUUUAUGUGCGUCCCACCUCUGCAGAGCCGCUGGAAAACCACCGUGCCUCCGCUGGGCGGACAGUGACCGCUGCCAGCCCAGCCGGGGCUGCUCCGUGCCCGCUGCCAGCCGGGCGAAGAGGCUCCCUGGUUCUCUGUCCCCCAGCCCAUGCCGGAGCGGUGGCACCGGGCUCUCAGCGCUCUCCCAGCUCAUCCCUGCUCCGUGCCCGCUGCUGAAGAGGCUCUCUGUCCCCUAAUCCAUGCCGGAGCGGUGGCACCGGGCUCGCAGCGCCUUCCCAGCACAUCCCGGCUGACCGGCAGAUGAGCCAGCGCAUUUCCCCAAACGAGGAGUGCUGGGGCAACCAGGGCCAGGACACGAGGUACCUGUAUCAUUUUUGAUUAAUAUUUGUGGGUAAAUGCUGUAAAUAUGAGGCAAGAAGAUUUAAAAGAAAGUCGCUGAGCAGAGCAAGUGAAUUAAUUUGUUUCAGACAACAUGCGGCUGGGUUGCAUCCCUUUACAAGCAGGAACAUUGUUUCUUUCCUAUGCCAAAGACUGACUGCGUUUGCCCUCCUGUUUUACUUCUGCUGUGGAAGAAAUUUAAGCAAGAACAUGUAUAGUGAAUUUCUCAAUUCCACCAGCGCCACUGAAGCUCACCUAAUGAUUCAGACCAACACGCCCUACCUGAGCAGCACCCCGAGACCCGUGAGCUCCUCUGCUCUUUACAUGUCGACAGCCAGGGUGUUAAAAGAAGGGGAAAUAAAUAAGCCAGACCUGGUGACUUACAUCAUUCUAUUUUUCUUUCUGUUCUUGACUGUGACAUUCAUUGUGUUCUUCAUAAACUGCCAGCUGAAAAAUUCUUUUUUUGCUACUCUUCCUUACGACAGAUCGCUCAGGGAGGCGAGGAACCCGUGGAGGACACAAGCUGUCUGACACCUCUCAUGCCAGCAGGAGCAGGCACCACAAACCCUGUGCAGUGAGGAGUUGGUGCCAUGUGCCAGUGCAAGGAUGUGAGCCCCUUUAGAGUAGUGCGCUGGAGGAGGUUGCUCAAAAUUCUGCUGUAUGCCAAUCUGAGUAGCUGUAAAUAAAAAGCUCUGUUAUGAACCGAAGAGAAUGCUUUAGCAAAUUGAUACAGUUUUUGCAAAAAAAUCGCCCCGUGAUUCCAGAUUAAGCUCUGUGUGUAUGCAAAUGUCAUCAUCCACCCAUUCAGUGUCCAUACAAGGAUAAUUGUAUUAACAACAAUUUCUGAUUUGGGCAUCUGGUGGAGCUUGUUCCCCCAUGUUUAGGAAA